AGAACCGGGAGGGGAGAACCGCCUCCAGCCGCCGGCGGCCUCCGCCCCUCCUCACACGGGGCUUUGUCCCCUGGCGGCGGCGCUGAGGGGAGGCGGUGAGGCGGCUCCGCGCUGAGGGGCGCUCGCGCCGCCUCGCCGGCGCUUCUUCCCCUCCUACCCCCCCUCCCCGAUCCCCCCGGGAAGCGCCUGGCUGCGGGCUGCCUCUCGCUCCCCCCCCCUCCCUUUUCAUUUUUAUUUUAUUUUAUUUUAUUUUAACCCCCUCCCUCCCUCCCGGGCGGCGGCGGCCCGCCUACCUUUCCCCCCCCCCCUCCACCCCCAACCUCCCCUCAGCCUUCCCUCGCCCGUCAUGGCGACAUGAGGAGCCCGCCGGCCGCCGCCGCCGCCCCGGGCAUGGGCCCCGCACGGUGCUGAAGCGCCGCGGAGGAGCCCCGGCGCCGCCGCCCCGUCAUGGGGUGCUGAUGGCCGGGCCCCGCCGGGCACCCCGCCGCCGCGCAGGGGAGGUAGCUGUAUCCAGCUGGGUGGCAGGUGGAUCCAAGGGUUACCAUGAAGUUUUCAGGACCCCUGGAGAGCCAGAGGUUGUCUCUCCUUCUGGAGACGGCAAUCUCUAGGGAAGCUCAAAUGUGGAAAGCACAUGUGCCGAAAAUUCAGCCCAAUCAGGAUGUAGCCAUUUCUCCAAGGCAGAGGGAUGAGGUCAUCCAGUGGCUGGCCAAGCUCAAGUACCAGUUCCACCUUUACCCAGAAACGCUCGCCCUGGCCAUCAGCCUCCUGGACAGGUUUUUAGCUGCAGUAAAGGCUGGCACCUGCUGCUCCCGAGCCUCAUCUGGGGUGGGCUCUGAGAUACCAAGAGCCCAGUCUCACCCUGAACAGACUCAGAAGGCCCGUCCAAAGUACCUCAACUGUAUUGCAAUCAGCUGCUUCUUCCUCGCUGCAAAGACCAUUGAGGAAGAUGAGAGGAUUCCAGUACUGAAGGUGUUGGCUCGGGAUAGCUUCUGUGGUUGUUCUCCAGCUGAAAUCCGCAGAAUGGAGAAGAUCAUCCUGGAUAAACUGAACUGGGAUCUUCACAUGGCAACGCCAUUGGAUUUCCUUCAUAUUUUCCAUGCCAUGGCAGUGUCCAGCAGGCCGCAGCUCCUGGCUCUGCUGCCCACGCUGAGCCCGUCACAGCACGUGGCAGCGCUCACCAAGCAGCUGCUGCACUGCAUGGCCUGUUUCCAGCUGCUGCAGUUCAAGGGCUCCAUGCUGGCACUGGCCAUCGUCAGCCUGGAGCUGGAGAAGCUGCUCCCCGACUGGCUGGCUCUCAUCAUCGAGCUGCUCCAGAAGGCACAGAUGGACAGCUCGCAGCUGAUCCACUGCCGGGAGCUCGUGGCACAUCACCUUUCCACUGUGCAGCCUUCUCUGCUGCCCAACUCUGUAUAUGUCUACAGUCCCCUCCAGCAGACCCUGGUGACCUGUAACAGAGGAGCGUUCCACCGCCAGCCCUCCUCUGUCCCAGGGCCGGGUCUCUCCAAGGACAACGGCCGGCCAGAAGCGCCAGUCACAGGUACAGCCGCGCUCUACCAGCGCCGUCCCGCCCCCGCCGGCGGCUGCAAACAGGCCUCCGCCAAGCGCAAGGUGGAAGAGAUGGAAGUGGACGACUUCUACGACGGGAUCAAGCGUCUCUACAACGAGGACCUCGCCCCGGAGGUCGUGGCCCUGGAGAACAUGGGCUCUGUUUGCGGCGCCGACGUCUCGCGGCAGGAGGGCAGCGUGUCCCCUUGCCCGCCCCUGCAGCCGGUGUCUGUCAUGUAGCUGCGAGUGCCACCACCCGCUCCAGGAGCCCCGCCGGACCCGGCAGCCCGUGUCCUCAGUGGGGGGAGAAAGGGCCAUACCUUGUCAGGCUGAACUGAAGGGAGCCAAAAAAAAAAAAAAAAAAAAACAAAAACAAAAAAACCCCAGGAAAAAAAAAUCCCAACCCCUUUUGAAUUUUAUUUCUUGUGCGGCUAAUUAUAGUUCCACUAUUUAAGCACUUAAAACCACAAAAAAGUAUAAAAAUCUAAAAAAAGACCCAAAAACCAACCAAAAAAAAAAGUAGCAAAAACCUGUUCCUUUCUAGUGUUGUCAGUUCCACUGUUUUUCUGCUCCUGUGUGUUGUAACCCAUUCUCCACAUCUGAGAGCUCACAUCAACCCUGCAGAGCUGUUCCAGGUUUCCCAGCCAACUAACACCUCUCUGAUCCCAUUCCGACCUGCUCCUCGCUCCCCUUCUGCUUGCUCUUUUUAAUUCUCAGCCAGUCUUGUGCUUGACGUUCUGUCCUGCCCCACAGCUUUUUCUUUCACCCUUCUAAACAAAAAAAACCCUCUUUCCUUUUGUUAAUACUUGGGUGUUUAAAUGUGAUAAUACUGCAAAACUGGAUUUAAACAAAAGGUUUUAAACAAAACCCCAAACCAGUUCUCGCAAGCUGCUCCACACUUCAGUAAUGCCCACAGGAGUGUGAAGGUGCGCUGGAAGAACCCUAGGGCAGCUGGCCCUGGGGCUCUGCCUCCCACAGAGACUUCUCCAGUUACACCGGUUUGCUUCUCCCAACACAGAAAGCAGUUACUGCAUUUCCUAGCACUAGAACCAAAACGGUAUUUUUUUUCUUGUUUGCACCGAGAAAUGUUGCACUCAGUGUAAACUUUCACCAAUGCUUUACCCUCUCCAUGAAGUGUAAGCUUUGAAUUGUGCAGAGCCUGGUUUUGCCCACACUUUUCCCAGCACUGCUGGGUGAGGUGCCGGGGUGGCUGUGGAUGCCUGAGGUUUGGAAUGUGUGUCCCUGUCAGUCACAAAACCAAAACGAAAGACCCUGAUCCUCGAGUUUUGUGUUCAUGUAACUUCUAACCAAGAGUCAGACCUUUAAACCUGUCUCGUCCCUGUGACACCCCGUUCUCAGAACGCCCUGUCCCGACUGUACGCUCUCUCCACAGCCCUGAGGAAGGUAUCGUAUCUGGAGCCAUUGUACUGAUGAAAGCCUUCUGGUAGCAAUAAAGAAAGUUGUCCUGGA